AUGGAGGAGUUUAAGGAAAAGGUCAUCAGAGAUUUCAAAAAUAUAACUAAUGACUCAGAUGAAAUAAUUUACGAUGUGGUGUCAAACUUAAUCGACAAGGGAAUGAACAGAGAAAAAUACUUCAAAUUGAUGAGAGAGGAAGAUAUAGUUUCUGCUGGUCUCUCUAUCUAUCAAGCAAGAGACAUAAUUGAUUUCUAUGCUGCAGGCCCAUCAAAUGGUAAUGCUGUUGUGAAUAACAAUAACACAAUAAGAGGUGCAGAACCAGAAGGCAAUCAACCAGAUCAGCCUCAGAAUCAAGCACAGCCUCCUCUCUUUCCUCAGUUUCAUUUUAACUGGGAUAGACUGUACUUCCUGCAGAAGAAAGAGUUCUUUGAUAAAGGCAAAACAAUGAGGCCCAAAUUAGCAAUUGCUGUUAUCAAGGAAUGUGUACUGCAAGCAAGAAAAGGGAUACAAGGCUGUACAAGAGCAUCCAUGGAAACUGUGUAUAAUCAAUUAGUGGAUAGACAUAAAAAUACAUUCAGUGGCGUAGUUGGAAAAGGAAAAGCUGCUGGCUUUCUACUACGGCUUAAAAUUGGAUAUGAUAAUGCUACACGUCCAGGCCGGAAUGGCAGACAGAGGAAUCCCACAACUUUAGAAUAUGAACGGCCAAGGGGCAAAUUUGCAUAUGGAUGUCUCCGCUGGAGGUUUCAAACAUAUCCAAAUGAUUGCAAUGAAGCUCAAGCAAUGGUGGUUAAAGAAGAACUCAAACAAAUGUUCAGUUCAGGAAACAAUUGUGAUGCCACGACUGCAGCUGAAGAGGAUGAAGAUGAUCCUGCAGUACCUGUAACACUUCAAAAUAUUGUAGAGGAUUGGCCAUUCCUUUUCACUCACACAGGAAUGAAGGUGCAUUUUCAAAUCCUGACAGGAAUAGAUGUUACUGAAACAGUGGAGGAAUUCAAAACUCUACAACUGGACUCAUUUCUGGAUUUCUUCAAAUCUCUGUCUACCCAAGAGAAUGCUGUUCUGUACAGAAAUACUUUCAGGAGGUGCAAGAGGUCACAGUUGGACCGAAUUCAGGCAAAAUUCAUAGCAGUAAUAAUAAUGGUUUCUCAUUAUUUUGGAGAAGAUUUCAAGGAGCUAGUUCAUUUUAAGGAGGAGACCACAGAAAUUGAAGACCUUGAAGGAGUUGACCUCCCAGCCUCUCCAUCCCUCAUUGCUGCUGGGAGAACAGCAUUUGAGGCAACAAAGUACUUUGUUAGUACCGAUGGAAAGCCUGUAUGUAAGCUUACUUCAUUUAAAGAGGGGAUUGAUAUGGUCCUCAUGAUGUACUAUGUGUUGAAUUUGAAUUAUUGCCCCGAAACAACCAUAACAUUAGAAUUUCUACAAAGGUGGGUGUAUGGCAUCGACCCUCCCAAGGGCCAUAAGAGGCCAGUCACUAAGAAUGGAAAGAAGAUGCCGACAUCAAUAGUACAUCCAAAGAUAUUGGCGUUGGAAAAGGCCAUCAAGGGCAGCCAUCAUGAUGAUGACACAGAACCGGAGGAAGGGGACAACUAA